GAAAUAUCUGAGGAACAUAGGAUCCAACUCAUCCUUAUUGAUCAGACAUGUCUUACGACAACAUUGAUGGCACUGGCUAUAAUGACAGCAACCGCGCUUUCCUGCAGGCGUUCAUGGCGCGGUCGUCCAUGACCUUUAACGAGGCGCGACCUAUUCUUGCAGCCAUAUUCUCUGCGCAAGAAGACCAUACCGUUUCUGCAGACGAUGUCACCGAGGAAGACCUCCAAUCGUACAUCGGGGCCGCCAAUACCGCGAUCUCUCCCUUUGAUCUCGAGAUCAGAAGUACCCUUCGCCAAACGUUCAAUGGGGGUAGCGACAGAGACGAGAACGGGGAGCGACAAAGACCCGAACGUGUCUUUGCGCUCGUUAACACUACCAGCGACCCGUUGAUGCAGCUCGCGACGACGUACUCGGCCGACGAAAUCGCAUUUGUAAAGCGCGUCCUUGACGCCAUGUUCGACACGUACAAUACCCGGAGAUUAGAGGCGAUGGUAAUUACACAAAUGCAAGCAGUGCAGCUGGCAAAGGUUUCCUCCGGGGACGCCAACCGGAGAGAAUCCUCGACGCAGCAGCAGAGCCAAGGGCAAGGUGGCUCGGUUCAGUCACUGGGCAUGUCGCAAGCGGAGAUGGUCAUGAAGAGACUAGUUGACGAAGGAUGGUUCGAGGUUAGCAGGAAGGGGUUCUACAGUUUGAGCCCGCGGGCAUUGAUCGAGUUGCGGGGCUGGCUGGCUGAGACGUACAACGAGGAUAAUGGGGAUGGUGGUAGAACUAACAAGAUUAAGUUCUGUGCGGCUUGCAAGGACAUAAUCACUGUGGUGAGUUACAUAUAUAUUUUUCUUGCUAUACUCCCUGCUCAUCCCAUCUUCACCUACUGCAGGGCCAACGAUGCAGCAACCGCGACUGUCCUGGCCGACUUCACGAUAUUUGUAUGAGCAAUUUCUUCCGCAUGCAGCAAGGAGAUAAAUGCCCUGUCUGUAAGGCUGAUUGGCCUGGGAACAAGUUUGUGGGAGAGAGAGCCAUCACAACGACAGAGCAGUACAUGCAGGGUAGAAGACGAAGUACGAACCAUCGACGCCAGAGCGGCGCCGAAGGCAGUCAGUCUAUUGCCGCUGGGGAUUCCGAGGAGGUCUGAAAUUGCGGAAAUCGCUGAACGAAUCCAACAUACAUUGUUUGCGGUGUUAACAUCGGAUUUGUUCCUUAGUGGCACGAUGCAUCCUUAGUCGAAAGCAUGUAUGGCCACGGUCAUCUCCCGACUGGACUGAGGGCUACUGGGGUUUCCUGAUAGGGGGACUGCGUACAUGACUGGCCGUCCCAAGGGGCCGAUGUUCUGAACUGAUGGAUGAGACAAGGCUUCUGCGGUACGGUCGUGGGAUCUCUAUACACCUUGGAGGGGUUCAACCGAUGGUCUUCAGAGGAAAUCGACAUUCUGAAAAUAUCCGCGAUCAACGUCCGACAUAGGGUUGGAUUGGAUGAUCAUGACUUGCGCCUUAUCCUCAUAGGUAAAUGCUGCGGAGUGAAGGGAUCACAGAAUAUAGCUUCAUGGUCAUCCAUGUUACAUACAAAACAAGGAGAAUAAGGAGUAAACAAAGUAACCUAUCCUAGCUUUAAGCACA